AUGACCAAGCAAGAGACCACCACAACCGAGGACCUCGGCGUCGACACCGACCAGGAUGCAUCCAGCAUCGUCAAGGAGGUGUACAGGGGCACCUCCGCCGACAAGCACGACAUGGACGUCCUCGGGGUGAGGCAGGUGCUCAGGCGAAAUUACCGCUUGGUGCCCAUGCUCGGGUUCUCCUCCAUCGCGGUGAUUAGCUGGGAGAUCGCGCCAAUACUCCUCCUGUUCGCGCUGAUCGACGGGGGGCCGGCGGCGGUCUUUUGGGGCCUGGUGAUCGGAGCCGUGGGGUUCUCGCUCGUCUAUGCGAGCCUGGCGGAAGUGGCGAGCAUGUUUCCGACGUCUGGUGGCCAGGCAAGUAUUUGCAGGCUCUUGUUCCAGCGAGAUCGCGAGCUGACCGCGAGAUCCAUUCCGCAGUACCACUGGGUGUCCGAAUUGGCUCCCCCGAGUAUCCAGAGAGGCCUAAGCUACUCAGUCGGCUGGCUGAUCGUGAUAGCCUGGCAGGUGUACCUCGCGGGUUCGAGCCUGGUUGUCGGCAUCGUCAUCCAGGGCCUCAUCGCGCUCAACAAUCCGGAUUAUUCCUUCGAGAGAUGGCACUGCACACUCCUGACCAUCGCAGCCAGUGGCUUUGCCGUGGUGAUGAACACCGCGCUGGCCAGCCGGCUGCCCAUCAUCCAGUACUUGCUGUUUGCGCUUCAUUUCGGCGGCAUAUUCGCCAUCGUGAUCCCUCUCUGGUUAACGGCGGAGCACGGCAAUGCCACUGAUGUCCUGCUCAAGUUCAGUGAUAAUGGCAACUGGGGGAAUGUGGGGCUGUCUUCGAUGAUAGGCCUUGUUCUCUUUGCUGGCCUGCUCAACGGAUAUGACUGUAUCGCGCAUAUGUCUUACAACGUGAUGACGCUCUUCAUCAUCGGCACGGCCCUGAUAUUCUGUCUGGGCGACGUUGAUAGCCUCAUCAACACGAGGACGGGACAGCCAUUCAUCCAGCUAUUUUACAACGCGACUCAAAGCUACGCCGGAACCAGCGUCAUGGCCGCGAUCUUAGUCGUACUGGUCGAGUGCUGCGUAAUCAACGAGGUCGCCACAUCAUCAAGGCAGCUCUGGUCCUUCGCCCGUGACCGCGGUCUACCAGGCUCCACGUGGCUCUCAUACGUAGCGCCGGGGUGGGACAUCCCGCUGCGAGCAGUCUGCCUGACAGUUUUUAUCACCGCGUUGCUGUCCUUGAUCAACCUCGGGUCCACAGUCGCCCUCAACGCUAUCAACUCCCUAGGCGGCGUCUCCUUCCUCUUCUCAUACGUAAUCACCCUCGUGUGCCUCGUCUGGCGGCGUGUCCGCGGCGCGCCUUUACCUCCGCGGCGAUGGUCUCUGGGGAAGUACGGCCUCGCCAUCAACCUGUUGGCAUUGGCAUUCCUUGUCCCGAUUCUCUUCUUCUAUUGUUGGCCCUUGGCACAACCAGUCACAGCACUCAACCUCAACUGGAGCUCGGUUGCAUUUUGCUGCGUCCUACUGGCGGCCCUGAUCCAUUACGUGAUCAAGGCCAGGCAUGAAUACGUUGGACCGGUGAUGCGCGUGAAACGGGCCUAG